GCAAAAUGUAAAGAUAAUCCGUCAUAAUUCAUCGGUUACUUGUGGAUUCAUCCAUCAAUCGGGAUUUUUGCGCCUUCCAGUCAAUCAUCCGCGUACACGUAAAUGUUGCGUGUAAUUCGUGAUAUCCAUCAAUGAGGUAAACCAGAGGAAGUGGGCAGCACUCAGAAGCACGUGUCCGAAAUAACCAGGGACCAGUGGAGAAUUUCCGACACCCCUCCGGGGCAAAAAUUCAACUCUAGUUGGCAUUUCGUUUCAGCAGUCAAAGUCGCUGGUCGAUCGUUCGUACUACUGGAGAAACAUCAGAAAUCGGCCUCUUCAUCGAUUUCCCUCUUCCCCAUCAAGCAAUGUUGUAGAGGCAAGGUCGAAAAAUUCGAGAGAACUGAUUCAGAUUGAUGCCGAAACGGUUGUGGAGUCUGUCGGAGAUCCAGCAGCGGAAUCAGGGCAGAUGGCGACAGAAGGCUCGGUCAAAGAUGAUUACGGAUUCGUGACGUAUCCGACACGAACAAGAAAUGUGUCACGCGAACAAUCGCCUAACAUUUCCGGCUUUGAACGGUCACCCCCCGAUCAACGAAGAUUCGCUAUUGCCCUUUCAGAACUGCCAGCCCUUAAUUUCUACAACCCUUUGUUGAACAAUCCUUCGUCAUCUGAGUACAUUGCUAGCGUUCGAUCCAGUCUACGCUCCAUCGACGAAACUGCUUCCGGCCAUUUGAACAUGCACCCGCGGUUGGCGGGUGUUCGUGAUGGCUCGAUUGGCUCGACCAAUCCUACAUCUGCCGUGCCAUAUUGGAGUCAAAAUUCCGUGAAGAGCGUAGAGAGCAGCCAUACCAGCGAAACCGAACAUAAAUCCUCCAUCACCUUCUCCACUAGUUGCCCACACGCUGCUAAAUCAGUUUUGGCAGUCUGCGUCUGCAUUUGGACGAUCCUCUUUCUGGGACUUGCUGUCACCACUGUCGUAUAUUUCACAGGGAAAGGAAGUUCGCUCUUUCGUCCUCCGCAAGCUCCAGCAGCUAAUGUUAUAUACGGAGAAUUCCACUUAUACAAUCAGACAAUGCCAUCGGGAAUAAGCGAGGGAAAUUCAGUUCCGACAAUCUUCAACGAUCUUGCACAGGAACUCCAGGAAAAAAUGGAUCGCGCUUUUCAAUCAUCUACGAUGCUCUCUUCGUUGUACAAUCGAUCCGCCAUGUUCGGAAUAGUCCCCAACAACACGUCACAGAAUCCAUCGAUUCGGAUACAAUUUCAAAUCCACCUCAACCAUGCGGAUGUGAUGAUAGCCGAGAAAAUGGCUCAUGCGUUCACCACCAAUCUCCAUCGAAAGGGGGAACAUGAUGGCCAAGAAUACGACAAUUGGUCUCUUAACUUGACUACCGUCAAGUUCGCAGAAUUCGUAGCCACAAGCGUAACAAACAACGUACCACCACAUGACGUUUUAGCGAGUUGGGGACCAUGGACAGAGUGGACACCUUCCUGUUCCCUGGGUUCGUUUUGUGAUCCAUCGUGGAAGCAAUCGCGAAAUCGCCGAUGUUUGUUGCGUGACAGACGACCGGAGGAACCCGUUGAAUUGACUAACCAACUGAUGAAUAACGUCAUCACACCUUGCACUGCUGGCUCAACAGUUUCGGCUGCAGACGUUGAAAUCAGGCCGUGUAAUUGUGCGAAUCGAACACCACCACCGCGGAUUCGUUUUAACGUUGUCCGUCCGACGAAAGUGACCCACUACCGUUUCAGCAACACAUCGAUUGCCACUUUCGAUCAACUUUGCAGUAAAUGCCGACAAGGAGAAGUGUGUGUCGCUCGGCUCGAAGAGGUCGUUCCUGUUUGCCGCUGGGCUCCCGAACCGGAAGAUCCUACUGGAUGUGGUGGAUUUUGUCGCGCUCACACCGAGUCUUGUGUUCCUCUUGGAUCAAACUCCUACAGAUGUGAAGGAGUGUCGGAAUGUAUGAGCGACAUCGAAUGGCGGUGCCGCGAUGGAUUUUGCAUUCACAACUCAAAACGCUGCGAUCGAGAUUAUAACUGUUUCGACCACAGUGACGAACUUGAUUGCGAAGCGAUGAAUUAGGUGGAGAACCAUCGCAAUGCAGCAUCGUGAUCGCCAUUCCCAAUUGUCUGUAUACCGAACCAAAAGCGGAGUAAAAGGAUAUUUCGUCAGUCUAUACGUAUUCCUUUUAUCCUUAUUUAUUUUUAAUGUCGUAUGGCAGUGAAAGGUUCAUGUAACCUUACAAAUUCAUUCAGUUGCUUCUGCAGCAUGUAGCUUACAACCUUAUCAUUUAUAACUGUAAUGUGCUCAUAGGAGAGUGGGGAAUGUUUGGAAAUUUCUAAGUACAUAGUUCGUAUAUCAA